AUGGAACGACCUCCCUCGCGGUCUUCUUAUGGAAGAACCGCUUCUCGAUCCUCUACAAGCACAACCAAUACCAGGGCUACAAUGCAUACCGCCCAUAGCGCUCUGUCUUCGUCACAAGCUCCUGGAUCCCCCAAUCUAUCACAAUCGCAACACUCACACCGAAUGUACCAUGCGACUUGUCAAAGACCAUCCAGUACCAUUCCCCGAACAACGACACGGACGCCGCGCUUGACUCGAGAGGCUAGCAGCGAGUCAACACGACAAACCGUCAUAUCAUCAUUCCUUCAGGAGAAGCUUCAGCAGUCGCGCAUGGCUGAGAGCGACAGAUCAACGACUUGGUCGCGCAGUACUGAUGUGAACUCCUCGGGCGAGUUUAGUCGGAGCCUUGGUUCUCCCAUUAAGAAUAUGGAGGCCGAUGGACAUCGACCUAAUUCUGCCGCUGGAAGUGAAUCCAACAAAAAGAAGGGCCUGGGGGUAAAGGAUAUGGAACAGGUCAUAUCAUCGCUCCACAAGAAGAACUUUGACCUCAAACUAGAACUGUACCACCGCCGGGAACGACAGAAGGCUUUGGAAGACAAGGUCGAAGGCCUUGAGGUGGAAAAGUCACGAGCUGAAGAGAUGAACGACCACCUUUCGCAAGAGUUAGAGAAGCGCGAUAAGGCAAUCGAGGAGGCCGUUGCUAUGAUUGUGACUCUUGAAGCCAGACUUGAGCAAUAUACCAAGGAACGUUCCAUCAUCGAGCAGCUUGAAGCCGAAGGUCAAUACGCCGCACCCACGUUCGACCCAUGCUACGAAGAUCCCCGACCCGCUACUCAAUCGCCGGAUAUAAUGAAGCAAAUGGGAAGCGGCAAGGCCAUCAAUCGCAUGCCGAGUUUCCUGUCCGACCACAGUGAGACAACGGAGAAUCUGCGAAAUGUCUAUCUUGGCACCAGGGGUAGUAUUCUCAGUCUUGCGCAAGUCCCCGAAGGCUCUAAUGAAGCUGAUAACGGCCGUAACACAGCCCUGGGAAGUCCAAGCCUGAGCGUCUUGAGCGAGAGCUCUUUUGUCAGCGUGUAUGGAUCCAAAGAACACGAUAGCAGCGACAUACAAGAUGUGGACGAGCCUCUGGCUCUCGAUGGUGCUGAUAGUCUCCCAGCUCAAGCUAGUACUAUCAAUAGGCCAAAGACGGCGUUUGUCAAGUCGCAUGCCUCACCUAACAGAUCAACUCGAUCGAACUCUCUCUCGACUCACCAAGCGCAGUUUGAUUCGAUCAAUAAUGUAAUCGAGUACAGCUCUCCUGCGCGAAAGAGUGAUCGAAGCUAUGCUUCAAAGAAGGUGGAAGAGCGACCUCAAGGUCGGGAUAAGGGUGGAGCCGAUGUGUUUACUGGUCGUUCUGCUAUGCCCGUCAACCACCGACGUACCAAGGAGGAGAAGCGGGAAUCGCUUCGAAGAGUCAUCACGGAUGCUCCUGGUGGUGUCAGGCUACAUGAUCAAAAUCUGCCACCAACGCCAGACACGAUUUCUACGUCUACCUUGCGACGGUUCCAGAAUUCCAGCGACACAUUGUCCAAGCAUCCCACAAUGCAACGAAGUCACGGUGCUCUUUCGGAGACUUCUGAAAAUGAAGGAAGCAUGGGAAUGCACUCGGGUGUUCAGCUACAGGAACCCAUGCGUGCAGUCAAGGCUUCGGCUCAUAUCAUCGAUCUGAACAACAGAGCUUACGCCGAGAACCGGGGAAGGUCUAUCCAGCGUCCCCGGUCCGCUGACGAAACUACCAUAUCGAACCGACGAGGGAAUGAUUGGGAUAGCGACACCGACGAUUCAGACGUGGAUUCCCUUGAUUCCAGCCUCGAUAUCUGGAUGCGUGAAAGCGCCAAGCCUAAUAAGAACGGUGGACGGACCUCGCCUGAUCUGUUCAGCUUUCCUUCGAGCGCGACUAAGGGCGGCUGGUCGAUGGAGGCCAUGUACGGCGCUGGAGGUGCAAGCAUAGGCACCGACUCUGAAAUGAUUAGAAAUCUAUUCCCUGUCCAACAGGAACUCUUCUCGGUCUCACUGCCUCCGCCACCUCCCAAUAGGCGAUCGAGUCUGAAUGCUCAAACAGUAGCACAGCUUAAGAUCUCUAACCCGACUCGUCCACCAACCAAUCCGAAAGCCUCUAAGUCAGGCCGUAAGAAGGGACAUCGGAGGAGGAACAGCGAUGACAUCCAGAUGAGAGCGGAAAUGCAGGCUCAAGCACCGCCCGCUGGGGAACAGAAAAAGAACCAUUAUCCACCCAUUUCAGGCCAGCCAGCUCAGAAUAAGUUCGCAAAGUUCUUCCGCCGAUCAUCAACAGCUGCCCCAUCCCCGACUCCAACGUCGGAGACUGGACCUACUGAACCACCAAGCAAUGGACUCUCCUCAAGCGUUAAUGGCGCAUCAGGACUUCCACCAUGGAUCAGCCGAACAGGCGUGGCAGACGACGAUCGCGACAGUGCGACACCACCACCAAUUAUGCGAAGCUCUCGCCAUGGUCGACAUACCUCGGACGACGUGGGUGACGACUCCAUCAUGAGCCAGGAGCCAGGUACGCCAAGGAUGGACAGGGAUACUUCAGAGCAAGUAGAUAGCCCAAGAGCGGGAGGCAAGAGAAGGUGGUUCGGUCUUAAAAAUAAACAAGGCUAG